AUAGGAGCCAUUGAAGCUUGAAAUGAUUACUUCAAAGGUAGCAGAAUCACUGGUUUACUAGCACGCACUGAACAAGAUCAAUAUGCCUCGGGGUCGAAAGAAAAAGUUCAAUGCUAGAGGAGGAAAAUGCCACCAGGCUAUCGGUGAGAACCAGGAUCUCCAGGGUGCCCAGGCCCCUGCAGCAGAGGAGAAAAGCCAUUUCCCUCCAUCUUCUCCUCAUUUGGGGGUUACUACCCAUAAAGAAUCCGCUUCUAAGUUACAAAGCACUUCCAAGGUGCCUCAGAGAGCCCUUUCUACCGCUGAGUCUAUGAGUGAUUCUCUCACAAGAUCAUAUAAAGGAGCUAAGUGCAAAAUUAAGAGAAAACAUAGUUCUUCCCAGGCCUCACCUUCUACUGUGAAGCGCCCUAAAAGGUCUCUCAUUGGUGCAGUCCGCCUGGUGGUGAGCUACAUGAUGGAAAUGUGUAGAAUGAAAAGGGCCAUUCUGAAAACAGAUGUGUUGAAGAUGAUCACCCAAACCAAUAGAGAACACUUCCAUGAGAUCUUCACAAGAGCUUCAUUCAACGUAGAGGUGGUUCUUGGUGUAGACAUAAAGGAAGUGGAUUCUAUGAAAAAUUCCUACACCCUUGUUAGCAAAAUGAAUCUCCCUAACAACGGCGUUGUGACCAAAGGAAGGGGAUUUCCCAAGACUGGCCUGCUCAUGAAUCUCCUAGGGGUAAUAUUCCUGAAAGGAAAUCGUGCUACUGAGGAAAAGAUCUGGGAAUUCCUGAAUAAGAUGAAAAUAUACGAUGGACAGAAACAUUUCAUUUUUGGGGAACCCAGGAAGCUUAUCACUCAAGAUUUAGUGAAGCUUAAAUACCUGGAGUAUCAGCCAGUGCCUAACAGCGAUCCUGAAAGCUAUGAAUUUCUGUGGGGUCCCAGGUCUCAUGUUGAGACAAGCAAGAUGAAAAUCCUGGAAUUUUGGGCUAAGAUCAACCAUACAGUUCCGAAUGUCUUCCAGUCUCGGUAUGAUGAGGCUUUGAAAGAUGAGGAAGAAAGAGCUGCAGCUGUAGCUGCAGUCAGUGAUGAGGAAGAAGGAGCUGCAGCUGUAGCUGCAGUCAGUGAUGAGGAAGAAGGAGCUGCAGCUCUGCAGUCAGUGAUGAGGAAGAAAGAGCUGCAGCUGUAG